AUGGUGCAUGCCAUGUACCUGGAAGGGAAAAAGGUCACUUUGGACACCAUUAGAGCGGCAGUUCAGGACAAGUUCGAGCAGACUAUCUCGCGCUCAACCAUACGAAAGCAGCUGUUCCAAAUAGGAUUCAAGUUCCGACAAGUGAACAACCGAAAGCUGCUGGUUGAAAAACCUCAGGUGGUGGCAGCCCGGAACGCGUUCCUGAGACGCAUUCGGAAGAUUAGAAGCUCCGACCCAGAGCGCACUAUAGUGUACUUGGACGAGACCUGGUAUAACCAGUUUGAUAUGCGAACGGUCGCGUGGUUGGACAGUGACGACGUGGCCGGCCAUAAGCCAGUGACAGGGAAGGGCAAGCGCCUAAUCAUAGUCGAUGCUGGCUCGGACAGCGGCUUCACCCCAGGAGCAUUCAUGUGUAUGAGGACGGACGGCAAGUCUGCCGACUAUCACACGUCUAUGAACGCGAGCUGUUUCGAGGACUGGUUUCGACUCCAACUUCUGCCGAACCUGCCAGCGAAUAGCGUGAUCAUUAUGGAUAACGCCUCGUAUCAUUCAAGAUGUGCUAACAAGGCACCUACAGCUAGCUGGAGGAAGGAAGCGAUCCAAGAAUGGCUGCGGGUACAUGAUGUCAAUCCUGAUCCGGACUUGCGGAAGGUCGAGCUUCUUGAGCUGGUUCGCCCUCUGAAACAGACACGCGAGUAUGUGUUGGACAAGGUGGCACAGGAGGCCGGUCAUGAAGUACUGAGGUUGCCCCCAUAUCAUUGCGACCUCAAUCCGAUUGAAAUGGUUUGGGCAAACAUGAAGACGCACGUCCGCCAGUUCAACAACACUGGGCAUCUGAAUGACGUGGAAAGGCUGCUGCUGGAUAGCCGAGACGCCGCGCCACCGGACUUGUGGCGAAACUGCUGCCGCCACGUGCGAGAACUGGAAGAGGUGUACUGGCGAGCAGAUGGUAUGAUGGAGGACAUCGAGCCAGUGAUCGUGUCACUUCAGGAUUCGAGCAGUGACGACAGUGACAGUGAAAGUGAUUGA